AUGUGCGGUCUGAUUGGAUUUGAGGAGACGAACUUUUCUUCUGGUCUCUCCACCAUGAAGAGGAAAUGGUUCCUCAUCUUCGCAUUCCUCUCCAUGCGCCAGCUCAUGGCGUUCUCACCAAGGCCGCUGCCACUGCCAGGCAGCAAGAGAUCGUUGCUCAAGGUCUGCCCGUCGAUCCAGAUGGUCAUCGCGUUCCCCUCCAAGAAGACACUGUUGAGCAAGUCAGCCCACCCGCCCGAGGGGCAGAGGAAGCAGGAGGCUGCGAGCAUGAGGCAGGAGCCUCCACGAGACUUGCAAGUCGACACGAAGGCGUGUCCUCCUCCUGUGACGAAGCGGCAGGAGAGGAAUAGGAUGCAAAUUGCCGCCAUCGGUCUCAGCCACAAGACAGCUACCGUCGAGGUCCGCGAGAAGUUGGCCGUGCAGGAGCACAACUGGCAGAGCGUCGGUCGCGCCAUCGCCGCGCUCCCGUCGCUCAAGGAGGCUGCCGUCCUCUCUACGUGCAACCGCUUCGAGAUCUACUUUGUCACCAACGACGUGCACGCCGGGAUCAGGGAGGUGACGGAGUACCUGAGCACGACCCGCGGGGUGUCGAUGAAGGAGCUGAGGAGCUCGCUCUUCAUGCUCAGCGAGGACGACGCGGUGUGGCAUGCGCUGCGGGUGGCGGGAGGGCUGGACUCCCUGGUGAUCGGGGAGGGGCAGAUCCUGUCGCAGAUGAAGCGGUGCUACGAGAUCGCGACGGAGAAGCAGGGAGCGGCGGGGAAGGUGCUGACGCGCAUGCUCAACACGGCGGUGUCGGCAGGAAAGCGGGUGAGGUCGGAGACGGGGAUCGCGCGAGGAGGAGUGUCGAUCUCGUCUGCGGCGGUGGAGCUGGUGGAGAAGAACUGCCUGCAGGACCUGGACCUUGACAUGGACCAGCUGGACAUCUGUAUCCUCGGGGCCGGGAAGAUGGCGAGGCUGCUGGUGCAGCACCUGCUGCCCCGCAACGUGAAGAGCAUCACCAUCGUGAACCGAUCACAGCAGGGGGCGGACAACCUGGCGUCGAUGUUUCCGGACGCGAACAUCAAGACGGCGCUCAUGGACUCGAUGCUGGAGAUGGUCGGGACGUCGCACGUGACGUUCGCGUGCACGGGGGCGAUGGAGCCGAUCCUGUACCAGGAGAACCUCGAGGGCGCGAUGCAGCGAGGCGCGAUGCUGGUGGACAUCAGCGUGCCGAGGAACAUCGACGACGUCGGGGCGAACAAGGUCGAGGGCGUGAAGGCGUACAACGUGGACGAUCUCAAGGCCGUGGUUGCGGCGAACCAGGCGAGGAGGCAGCGGCUGGUGCUGGAGGCGGAGGAGCUGAUGCAGGACGAGGUUCAGUCGUUCAAGGAAUGGUGCCAUUCCCUUGACAACGUCCCCAUGAUCGCAAGGCUGAGGAGCAGGGCGGAGGAGAUUAGGAUAGCCGAGAUGCUCAAGUACGAGCGGAAGCUGUCGGGGCUGAGCGCGCAGGAGCGAGAGACGGUGGAGAGGCUGACCAAGGGGAUCGUGGCGAAGCUGCUGCACGGCCCCAUGUCGCACAUGAAGACGGUAGACCCUGAGCUGUCGGAGUCAGAGGCAGUGAUAAACAGCAUUCGUGCUAUGUUCAGGAUCUUGUGA